AUGUUUGAUUCGAACGCCAGAAUUUUGAAGACCGAGUGCCGGCCCGGGCUGAUGGCCCCGCGCGGUGAUACUAGCAAGUCACGGGCGAGCUUGGGGACUGUCGCCGCCCGGGCAGUCGAUGGGGAUUCCCCGAGCAUAUCUCCUCUAGUGCCAGCGCGGAGACGAGAUGACAACGUCGAAACGCCGACUUACCUCGAGCGCGUGAGACAACUGCCCGAGUCCCUCCCCCGACGGCUGCACGAGGCUGGCAAGGGGAGAGUGGCUUUGUGCAGGACGCCGGGGUGCUGGACUAAGCCAGGCGAGGUUGCCACCGACGUCGGCGAGGAGGACGAGGCCGUCGACGAUUUGGUCAUGAGCACGCCAGGCUCGGCAUCUCUUGGUCAGCUCGUCGCCAACGAAGUGUGCGAGCUGCGUGCACGGCAACUGCUGCGCUUUUACGAGCACUACCGGGAUGCAAACCCAAAGCCCCGCGUUUGUCAAGGCGAUGCCGCUCUCCAGACAAACACUCGCCAGGCCACCGAGGAGCUGCCAACGGCGCAAGCAGGCGGCGCGGACCCAGACCCCGAACCAGACUCGCAGCCAUCAAACGUCCCUCGUAACAGCAUAACCCCGGCGCUAGAGACAGUGCAAGACGCGCCCCAGCAGAUGCAGUCUGUGCCGGCCGCGGCCAGGAGCACCCUGCGGCCAGUCUCUGCUGCUGUCAAAAAGGGCCCAAACAAGACUCCUCCGCCGCAGGCGCGCUACAACACUCGAUCGGCAGCACGAGCCCAGCAGCUUCCAGCUUCGCCAGCCCCAAGCGAUGGGCGCGGGUGCCCACUCUCCGCAGGCACCAAUGCCUCUGCGGAACUUACUGCUCAGCCCGCGAUCCAGCAGCCGGCCCAUGAUCCGGCCGCGGCCCCGUCCACGCCAGCCGACCCGGCGCCGCAGGCGACAAUAAAAGGCGCCUUUCGUCGCAGUGCCAACAUGGGCCUAGCGCUACGUUUGGCGGCAGCACCAACAGUCAAAGGCUUGACCCAGGUCUUUGCGGCUACUGGGACCGAGACCGUCAGUGGCGCGUUAGCGUUGCCGAAACCGCUGACAAGAGUAGCCCCGGCAAGCACGGCGGCAGGCACAUCGGCAGGCACGGCGGCGCCUCCUGGGGUGGCAGCGAUGGCAGCACCUGCGGGCAGCUUUUUUUGCCUCUCCAAGGGGCCGCGGUCCUCUGUCGGCUUCCACGGCAGCAUCCCGCAACGCGCGGGGCGGCUCAGUCGGCGAGGUGACACCGGGCGCUAG